CCAUGCCAGCCCGCUGCGUGGCCGCCGGGUGCGGCCACACUGCCCAGUCGGGGAAGUCGCUCUUCCGCUUCCCCAAGGACCGGGCCGUGCGGGGCCCCCGCGCCGACUGGUACGGGGGCAGUGACCGCUCGCCCUUCUGCCCUGACCACUGCGCUCCGGUCUUUGACGUCUCUUCCGUGAUCCAGAAGAACCUGCGCCUCUCCGGCGCCCGCCCUGCACCGUGUGUCGUCCCCCACCCCGCCCCCCAGCACAUGACGCGGGCAGAGGAGGGAGAGGCCAAGCGGGGGACCGACCCUGAAAAGGCAGGAGAGCCCCAGGCAGUCGGGCAUUCAGAGGCCGCCCCGCGUCCAGCCUCCCGUACUCUCCUCCGGGCCGGGAAGGGGGCUGCGGCUUCCCAGAUUACAUGUUAAAAUGAAGUUAUACAAACACAAGUCCAUGCUGAUAAUCUAUCUAAUGAUGUCACUUCAGUACCUACUCACUAUGAAGAAGGCCCAGUGCCUAAAAGUGCACAGAUUUCUCUGAAAAGACCCCCUCCCGGUAGUGUGGGCAUUAGGCCAAAGUGAAAAGUGUUUGGGAAACAACUAUGUAAUGCAACUACUCAGACUGAUGAAUUAUGGUCUAGAAUCUCUGUCUUUGGCAUUCACUCCAGUGACUCAGAAACAGAUUCGGACUGGGAUAUUAAAAGUGAAAAAAAUGAAUUGUCUUAUAUAAUUGUGGAAGUGAAAAGAGACCUGUUAAAGACACAUCAAAUGAUUUGA